AUGCCUCCUCUCAAAUCGCUGCCUGACUGCGAAGGCCCAAAGCUGGAGCCCUUUGAGCACGACUUUGAAGGGGAUGACGUGGAGUUUCUCAAGAUCCUCGAACCCGACUGUGCUGCACACAGUAAGAUUAUCAAGACGCGAAUUGGAGACAAGAUCUAUUCUAUCAAGUUCUUCGUGUGGGGGGAAUCUUUCGCCCAACCUCCUUACACUUCGGUAUAUGACUACAACAAAAGGCCCUAUGAAUGCUGCAAAGGGUUUAUGUAUCAUUUCACGCCUUUCGAAAACGAAUGCCGGGCUUUCGGCAGGCUGAAAGACGUUGGUCGGGAGGACCUUGCGGUCAAAGUUCAUGGAUAUGUCGCUCUCAACUGUACCGACGUCAUCGUUAACAAGCUACAGGCUGCAAGGUCUAAGAUGAUGGAUCCCUAUGCAAAGCUGGAAUGGUUCCUCGCAAUAGACAAUGGCGUCAGCAUGGGAAUAGUCAAAGACUGGGUAGACGAGGUGGAAUACGAUGACGAGGAUACCUAUGAUCUUUAUCAACAGGUGGCUCAGGUGUCCCAUUUCUCUCGUAUGCUUGAGAGACUCCAUGAGCUCCACAAGCACGGGAUAGUUGUAAGGGACCUAUCUGAUCGGCAGUACGUCAACGGCACGCUCAUCGACUUGAGCAUGGCAUCCACGGUCCCUCACCCAUUUGGCCCAGACCCAUCGGGCUUGGGAGAGCUCUGGCAGCCCCGCUGGACGUUCCAGAGCUUGGCUGCUUGGGAUCUAUAUUGCUUCCAGGAAUAUGUCAUCGAGGCUUGGAAAGAGGGCCUGGCCCAGCUCCUCAAGGCUAGGCCCGGAACUAAAGGCUUGAGAAAGACUUGCUGGAUCCAAGCCUACCGUCUCCCCAAAUACACAAAGGAACUCCGGCCCCGCGGUAGGUGGCGUCAGGACGAGGAGCAGCAGCCAUAUCUACCUAUGCUGAACUAUCGAUACCUAAAGUUUGAUAUGAUACAAGCACCUCGACAUGACCCGCUUGACUUUGCCAAACAUACUCCGGUCGUCGAUACUGCCCAGAAGCGGGUGACAUAUGGAGCAAAAGGCCGAGGUGUCAAGAAAAGCGUGGCAAAGAGGAAGCAGGUGAAGGGCAAGAUGGUCAACAAGCCAAAAGCUCCAAGCUCCAGAUAA